AUGGCCUGGGCCCCCGAGUGGAGGAGGGCAGAGCCUCGAGAUGUCAGGGCCGGCCGGGAUGGCAGGGGCGGCACGGGCGGCAGCGGCCUCUCCAGGUACUGGGAGCCGAGGGCCUUUGGCUCCCGGGAACCACCCCUGUGCUUCAGAAUAAAGAACAGUAUGGUUGGCGUGGUGAUUGGUCGCGGAGGGUCAAAGAUAAAAGACAUCCAGAGUAUGACGAGCACCAAAAUACAGAUCGUAAAAGGUGACUCUGAAGCCGAGGUCAAGAUUUUUGGCAGCGAAGCCAUGAAGGGAAAAGCGAAAGCACUUAUACAAACCCUCGUGCGAAAACAAGAAGGAAGGUACAGUUCGGUAGCCAGUGUAGAUAAUGCUGCCUCCCAGUCCUCUGCUGGGAGAGACUUACGCACACGCCCCGUUGUUAGACAAGUGCGGCCGCUGAUAGACUGGGAUCACGUCAAGGCAGAAGGGGCGGCGUGGGCAAAAAGAAAAUGGGCGGAUUUACCACCAAUCAAGAAAAACUUCUACGUAGAAUCCACAGCAACAAGCUCGCUGUCUCAAGUGCAAGUAGACGCUUGGAGACAGGAAAAUUUCAACAUAGCGUGUGAGGACCUGAAAGAUGGCGAAAAACGUCCCAUCCCCAACCCGACCUGUAAAUUUGAGGAUGCCUUUGAGCACUAUCCCGAGGUCCUGAAAAGCAUUAAGAAAGCAGGUUUCCAAAGGCCAACGCCCAUUCAGUCACAGGCAUGGCCGAUUGUGCUACAAGGAAUGGAUCUGAUAGGAGUUGCCCAAACCGGGACAGGCAAGACCUUGUCUUAUUUGAUACCCGGCUUUAUUCACCUUGAUUCUCAGCCCAUAUCUAGAGAAGAAAGAAAUGGGCCUGGCAUGCUCGUCCUCACCCCCACGCGAGAGCUAGCUCUUCAGGUCGAGGCAGAAUGUUCUAAGUAUUCCUACAAAGGCCUUAAAAGCGUUUGUGUAUACGGCGGUGGAAACAGAAAAGAGCAAAUUCAGCACAUUACCAAAGGCGUCGACAUCAUUAUUGCAACUCCUGGACGACUGAAUGAUCUGCAGAUGAACAAGUGUGUCAACCUACGAAGCAUCACUUACUUGGUGUUAGACGAAGCGGAUAAAAUGUUGGAUCUGGGCUUUGAAGGCCAGAUCACGAAGAUUCUAUUAGAUGUGCGCCCAGACCGGCAGACUGUUAUGACAAGUGCAACGUGGCCACACACCAUUCGCCAACUUGCAAGAUCUUAUUUGAAAGAGCCUAUGAUUGUUUAUGUCGGUACUCUAGAUCUCGUCGCUGUCAAUACAGUGAAGCAAGACAUCAUUGUCACCACAGAGGAAGAAAAACGAACUCUUAUCCAAGAAUUCUUACGGAACCUGUCACCCGAAGACAAAGCUAUCAUAUUUGUCAGCAGAAAGCUGGUUGCAGAUGACUUAUCAAGCGAUCUGAGCAUCCAGGGCGUCCCGGUACAAUCCCUGCACGGCAGCAGAGAGCAGUUUGACCGCGAGCAGGCGUUAGACGACUUCCGAAGUGGAAGAGUGAAGAUAUUGAUUGCUACCGAUUUAGCAGCCCGAGGCCUCGAUGUCAGGGAUGUCACACACGUAUACAACUACGAUUUCCCAAAGAAUCUCGAGGAAUACGUGCAUAGAGUAGGGCGUACUGGAAGAGCAGGCAAGACUGGAGUCUCUGUCACCCUUAUGACUCAAGCUGACUGGAAGAUUGCCACUGAAUUGAUUAAAAUUCUGGAAAGAGCUAAUCAAAGUGUCCCAGAAGAUCUUCUGAAAAUGGCAGAGCAAUGCAAGUUGCAGAAAGGAAAAAAGGACUCAGGCAAUGGAGCCAGAAACCCUCAAGGAAAAGCCAAGCAGUUUUACUGA